AUGCGAUCUCUGUUCAUCACCGUGCUGUUAAGCAGUCUCGUCUCGGGACUGCCCAAUUUUCAUCCUAGCAAAGGCCAUGAAUGGAUUCCAGCUGGGCCAGGAGAUAGCCGAUCGCCAUGCCCAGGCCUGAACGUCCUCGCUAACCACGGCUGGCUUCCUCGCUCAGGGAGGAACAUCGAUCUGCCAACUCUCCAAGAUGCCGUUGCCGGUGCCUACAACUACGCCCCCAACUCCUUUGACGAUAUUUUCAAACAAGCCCAAGACUGCAAUCUCACGACAACGGGCAACUAUUCGACGUUCAAUUUGGCCGACCUGGCGAAGCAUGAUUGCAUCGAGUUUGACGGAUCGCUGUCCCGAAACGACUUUGCUCUUGGAGAUAACCUACACUUUAACCCGAGAAUCUGGAAGACGACAUCCAAGAGGCUAGGCCUGGACGAUAUCGGACGUGAUCCAAAGUCCAAGUAUCUGACCGUGGAACGAGCGGCCAAGGCGAGGGCCGCCCGCGUAGCAGACGCCAUGAGGGCCAACGACGCCUUCAAUGCUUCAAAAAACCAACAGAUGGGCAGCCUUGGGACGACAGCCUUAUACUUGACGACAUUGUGGGACGAUGCCGCGGGAGCUGCUCCCAAGGAGUGGGUCAAAACGUUCUUCGCAGAGUGGGAGCGCCUCCCUUUUUCGAGACCGCUGAGGCAAAAGACCAAUGACGAUAUCAAUGCCAUGUUCGCAAAGAUUCAGGCAGUGCAGGUGUGA